CUGCCCAGAACAUACCCGUGGACCUACGACUUGUUACUGGGUCAUAAACGCGGUCGCGGAGGGGAGACUUCAUCGGGUGAAAGCUUCCAACAGCACGGCGAUAAAUCUAAACGAGGAUAAGCCGCAAGCGCAAGCGAUGUCCUGCCCCGCCGAACAUGGCCAACGCCUCAAGGCCAUAUCCACAAGCCCAAACAUCUACCGACUAUCUGGGGAAACGUUACCUUGUCGAUUGCUCAUAGCGGUAGAGGCACAGGAAAGUCGCAGCAAUACGAGCCAUCUUAGGCACCUGUUGCUAUGUGAUGAUGCAGUGCACCCAUCGCGCAAAGGGAUCACGUCCUCCGGCCUGACGGGCUUCAGCCUUCGGAUGGCCGGCCAUGCCACCACAGACGUGACGACUCCGCUGAUAGUGCAGAUGCCGUCAUCACGAACCCCUUCAGUAAGUACACCACCGCAAAAGUCACACGCACCUAUAGUGCCUGAUCUGAUGCCAAUAUCAGGAGCCGUGCUGUGUACUUCAACUUUUGGUGUGGCCGGUCCCGGCAUGGGCCCCGUUCAUGGCCCCCGUAUGCCGUACAGUAUCGUCACAUACUGUGUCUCUUACGGGCUACGGCUGCCGACUCCAUUUUGCACAACGCAUCUCCACCGGGGCACGCCAACACAUGUAAAGCAUCGCACCGCGUACCUUGCGAUGCCCAGAGGUAGGAUGGCACUAUGCUUCUUACCCCCGCACCGCACAUCGCGCGCCGCCGUAAGCCGGACGGCAGACGGGAAGCCUUUCCCGCACGCACAGGUCGCGGCAUGCAUCCCUUAAUGACAUGAUGCUGGCUGGCCGGCCAUUCCCAAAGGCUGGUGAAAAAAGACAGGAACGAUUUCUUUCCUUACUCGCGCCGGAUCCGAGUCUCGUGAUACAUACAACAGCAGGGCGGGCAUCUCCUGGCAUCAACAUGUCACACCCUUUGUCGCCAAUGCCUGACGAGGCGUCCAGUCUCACACCUCGUUCUACUCUGGGAAGCACAGCAGUUUGCGCCAUAGCAGAUCAAGCAAGCAGCCUAUGCACAUAACCUUGUGCUUCACAACAUGAAGUCAGACACUCACAGCUCGGGA